ACUCACGUUGAUCGCAUUAUACAUCAGAUAUCUGCAAAGGAACAUGACAUGAUUCAAACAGUCAAUAGGAUGGACAUGGAAUUGUACGCACAUGCACGACGCUUGUUUGCACGCCGACUCUGGAAUGCCAUUUGGACAGAUUACAAGCUUAUUCGGGCCGCCUUACUUAACGAGCAGCCGGAACUAGAUGUUCUUUCUCACGUGCUGACCUUUUGUCGAUCCUUUUUCCAAUCAGGGCAGAUAGGAUUUCGGGAGCCGAUGGGUGACAAAAUAAAUGACUGCAUGAAUCUAGAUGAUAUUAUUCUUGAGAGGUUUCUGCUGAAGGAGUUCGACAAUGGGAUUUAUUUGCAAGAAAAUUUCUGGCAUUUACUAACCAAGCGUGGCAGUUCUUCCCCAAAAGAGCAGCUCAUCUCAGACAAAUAA